AUGGAGCCCGUUUCUUUGGCUUUCGGCGUCGUAUCCCUAGGUAUGCAGCUUGUCCAAACAGCUGCUGCCAUCAGGGAACGGAUCGAUGCCUACAAGUCAGCGGCCAAAGAGCUGUCGACCCUAUCUGACAAACUAGACGACAUUGAAGCUAUAUGCUACUCUCUUGAAGCCGCUUUCAGUUGCUGCGAGCAGGCACCCAAACCCUGGGACGCCAUGCUACUGAAGAAACUGCAUCGGAUCAUGAGUGACUGCCGCGACAAGGUUUCACGGCUUUACGAUAUCAUCAACAAGAUUACGUCGUCUCAAUCAAAUAGGCAUAUACCACUAAACACCACGGGAGCACGUUUCCUUCAGUACAGGAGUACAAUACGGAAGUGCAACGACGAACUGGACCAGUCUCUCACUUCCCUCCACUUGCACAUGACGACAAAUAUCCUGGUUAUGAAUCUGCGGCCACUACCACCAGCCUGUGACUCACUCAGUCUGGAUGUUGCCACGACCACACAAGUUGAAACCAACAUGAAGAGCAGCGUCAACUCGGCGGUUAUGAAGUACCGAAAGGGUCGAGCAAAGCAAGAGGUACAAACUCAGACGUGGGACUCGUCAUAUUCCUCAUUAUAUCGUCUCGAAAGGACAAAAAUACGAAAAGUGAAGCAAUCCAAGUCUUCACCCGUUACGGUUCAAGAAGAGACCUCAUUCCUCAUCGGCUCGCCACUUCUGGGACUAUACGCAAAGCUCUCACUCCAACGGGUUGCCAUUGUGAACCAGUCAAACCGUAUCUACGACUUCUUAAUCGACCAGUAUCCCAGUUUACUCCAUGAACGACGAGCAUGCCGCAAGUCAGUCAUUACCAUGCAGGAGGUUGACAGGGAUAUAAUGGACGGGCUAGCAGAUCUUACGCGACGCGCAAUUUCUGAUGGGUUAGAUAUCCACUGCGGUAUCCCAUAUCCUGCUCUACCAGACUGUCAAACGCCGUCUGCUCUCCAAAGCUUGGUUAGCUUCGGUGAGCAAGAAGAUGAAACUCUCUUCCAUUGCCAUCAGUGGGUCGAGAUGCUGCACCAAGCUGGCGUCGAUGUUGAUGUUUACCUCGAGAGAGAGAUGCAGGCAAUAAGUGCGGUCUGGGACUCCCAUUUUCGGGACGACGCCUACCUCAGAGAGUUAAAAAUGGUGGAGUAUAUGGGCAGAAAGCUUCCCACUUGGGUCACGUCACACGCUGAUACAGCUGCCCCUGAGUUGUUCUCAGAAUUCCCCCGUCUCGUCUCAUGGGAUUCCUUUGGGUACAUCAUUCCAGGCAAGAAGACUCCGGGAGAUAUUUACCGCAUGGCAGAUGCCCCCAAGCCACAUCAGGGUUGGAAACAAGUCUUGCUGAUAGAUGGCGGAGUUAUUCAUCCGCCUCUCGAGCGGUGGUCGCUUAACUGGCACCACCCCCCAAAACCUUUGGAUGAAGAAGGCAGGAUAUUGGUUGAAGGACUUGCAUAUGCGUGCGACUUGAUGGAGAGCCGGUUCGAGCGAAAGAGGCUAAAGAAGUUGCGCAAGGCUGGAUACAUGAGGGAGUUUGCUCCGUUGAGAUUUAAAGAAAGGAUCCCUGGGACGUGGGUAGAAUAG